ACAAUGAGGUCUGCGUUUUUCGAUAUUAUUCAGUCUCGAGGCAUAAGAGGAUUGUAUAAUGGAUUAACACCAACUCUUGUUGAGAUUGUGCCAUACGCCGGCCUGCAAUUUGGCACAUAUGAUAUGUUUAAGCGUUGGAUGAUGGACUGGAAUCGAUAUAUUUUAGCCUCCAAAAACCCGAUCAACACGGACACCAACCUUUCCAGCUUCCAGCUGUUUGUUUGUGGGCUUGGGGCUGGCACUAGCGCCAAGCUUGUCUGUCAUCCUCUCGAUGUGGUCAAAAAACGAUUCCAGAUUGAAGGUCUACAGAGACAUCCAAGAUAUGGUGCCCGAGUGGAACGACGUGCAUACAGAAACAUGUUAGACGGUCUUAGACAGAUAAUGAUAUCAGAGGGCUGGCAUGGUCUGUACAAAGGCAUUGUGCCAUCGACUGUGAAAGCUGCUCCUGCUGGUGCUGUUACCUUUGUGGCCUACGAGUUUACCUCCGACUGGUUGGAAUCAAUUUCUUGGUAGAGAGUUUUACUGUGACACUUAUAUCUUACUGUCUCUAGCAUUCAUUAUAGGCGCAAAGGCCCCAUUCGCGGGUGCAUUAAGUAUAUCAUAUGACCAUUGAUCAUUUUUGGAAUUAUACAAAUAAACGUGUUGUUGGCAACUAUGGAAUUUUCUAACAAGUGAGGCGGAUUUAUA